GCUGUGGAAUGUGCUACUCAAGCCUUAGAGAAAUACAACAUUGAGAAGGACAUCGCUGCUCACAUAAAGAAGGAGUUUGACAAGAAAUACAAUCCCACUUGGCACUGCAUUGUGGGAAGGAAUUUUGGCAGCUACGUGACUCAUGAGACCAAGCACUUCAUCUACUUCUACCUCGGCCAAGUUGCUAUUCUUCUUUUCAAGUCUGGUUAGAACCGUGGACUGUUACUGAAACUUGCAUCCAGUUACCGGACUCUGACUUGUUACUGCAGCCUUCCUAAGGACACAGGCCUUGAUCUUCAAGGGCAAUGGCAGGGAUUAUGUUGUAACAGACGACAUUACAUAGUGGAUAUAAAAAGGAAAAGUACCAAAAAAGUCUUCCUUGUAUUUAUUUUUUUUCAGAAGGCUCCUCCUUUGCUACUAGAGCUGUUGGAGCAGUUUUGCUUUGGAGAGUUUUAUAGCCAUCUACUGUAUUUCCCGAUUACUGCUAGUGCUAUGCAAGUACUGACAGUGUUUAGUUCUUUAUGUUCCAAACCUCUCUUACUCUUCUGAUUUUACUUUUAUAAAAUAAUUCUCCCCCUCGUUUUGCUGGAUGUGCUGUCCCCAAACCUGAGCUGUUUCUUUUACUGCUGUCUUUGGAGAACUGCGCUGGAGAAUAAAAGCCAAGUUCUACCCCA